AUGGCCAAGAGGCAGCCCAAGGAAUGCGGUGUGUUGUGGGUGAGUAUCUACACAGUAGUACAGACAGAGAGUACCGAGUGUGCCGACGGUGGACCAUGCCGAUCCGAGCUGCUGUGCGAGAGCGAGAGAGAGAGAGAGAGAGAGAGAGAGAGAGAGAGAGAGCGAGCGAGGCUAGAGCUAGGUAGCGGCUACAGGCGGCAGGGCGAUUCGGUCGUACAGAAGCCGGCAAGGUCAAGGACGGGUAGAGGAGGCGGAAGUGGGCGGGCAUGCGGAAGUAUGCGGUCGGGUGGGCAGAAGAGGCUGCAAGCUGCAAAAGGCCCCACCACAGCUGUCAACCAACAAGUGCACUUUCAAGGUUUUCCCAUCCACCCACGGGCUUUGCAGGUACGCAGAGGUCAUUGGCCCAGGUGGACGGUCAAGUGCAAGUGGUGGCUACUACCCACCCUCCUCUGCCCCUCGUUCCUUCUUCCAAGCCUUGUCUUCCUCAAUCCCCCGCCAGACCCUGGCCAGAUCCGCUUGCAGAAAAAACAUCAGCCAUCCUCGCCCUUCCGCCAACGCAGUCUCCCUCCUUCCCUCCCUACCUACCCACCCACCUUUACACUUUCACCACCCCCCGUCCACCAGAAGCCACCGUCCGACGUCAUGUCCUCCUCACACCCUACCCUCACCACCACCUACCGCUCUCGUGCCAAUCUCCCCUCCACCACUCCCCUGGCUUCCUACCUGCUCAGCCUAAUCUCCAUCAAAAAGACAAACCUCUGCCUCUCCGCCGACGUCGACACCACCGCCGAACUACUGCAACUGGCCGAGGAUGUCGGUGACUCCAUCUGCCUCCUCAAAACACACUGCGACAUUGUCUCCGACUGGUCCGACCGGUCCGCCCAGGCGCUCAAGGAAAUCGCAAGGCGGAAACGCUUCCUGAUCUUCGAAGAUCGCAAGUUUGCAGACAUUGGUGAGACGGUCCAAAAGCAAUACACCUCCGGCCACCAUCGCAUCGCCCUCUGGGCCGAAAUCACAAACGCACACGUCCUCCCUGGCCCGGCCAUUGUGACGGCCCUCGAGAAGGCUGCAGACGCCACCAUUGCCAGAUACAACACAGCCGUACACACUGAAAUCUCCGCCGCUCCACGCCAAGGCCAAUGGAACAGCGAAUCCGACGAGGAAGAAGGGGACGACGAGGACGAGGACAGGGACGAGGAGCCACCUGCCGCCGCCGCCGCCGCCGCCGCCGCUGCUGCGCUCGAGUCACCCUCGAUUGAAAUAGAUGGCGACGAGAGGCGAUUGAGCAUCAAGCCAAUGGACAGAAAACAGAGUGUGGUCAGCGUCACGACGUCGAUCUCGAUGCGAUCAGAAAGCAUCUCACCUCGCCCAGAACAGGAUGCACAGGGCCAGGACCUCUUCAACCUCGACACGGCCACCGAUCUCCUCCGCCUCGGUGAGGUGCCUUUUCUCCGCUCCUUGCUCCUACUGGCCGAAAUGAGUUCAGAAGGCCACCUGAUGACGCCGGAAUACCAAAAAGAGACGGUCAAGAUUGCGCGGAACCACAGCGAGUUUGUCAUGGGCUUCAUCGCCCAGAGGAGUCUGAACACGGAGCCCAACGACAACUUCAUCACCAUGACCCCUGGCUGCCAACUGCCGCCUCCAGGUCAGGAAGGCAAGAAGCUGGGCGACAAUCUUGGUCAGCAGUACAACACACCCCACAAGCUCAUUUACGAGCAAGGCUGCGACAUCAUCAUUGUCGGACGAGGCAUUGUGCGCGCGCAAGAUCGCAAGUCGGAAGCCGAGCGCUACAAGAAGGCGGCCUGGGCAGCGUACGAGGAACGCAUCCAACAGAGUUUGCCAUGA